GGAGUCCAACCAGAGACUCUUAGGAGGCCUGCUGGGUCGCACAGACAACAGACCAGAAAUCAUCCAGAGAGCCAUCAACAACCUGAAGAAGAUGAGCAGUUCUAAAAUCUCUCCUGACAGGAGCAUCAACAUCUUCCACUGUCUGACAGAGAUGAAGGACCACUCAGUACAUCAGGAGAUCACAGAGUUUCUGAAGUCAGAGAACAGAUCAGAGAAGAGACUCUCUGAUAUCCACUGCUCUGCUCUGGCCUACAUACUGCAGAUGUCAGAGGAGGUUCUGGAUGAGUUGGACCUGAAGAAGUACAACACAUCACUGGAGGGACGACAGAGACUGAUUCCAGCUGUGAGGAACUGCAGGAAGGCCAAACUUACCGGCUGUGGACUCUUAGAGACUGACUAUGAAGUCGUGGCCUCAGCUCUGAAGUCUGACCCCUCCCACCUGAGAGAUCUGGACCUGAGUGACAACUUUCUGCAGGAUUCAGAAGUGAAGCUGCUGAGUUCUGGACUAAAGAGUCCAAACUGCAGACUGGAGGCUCUCAGCUCUGCCUCUACCAUAGAGGGUGGAGUUGUCGGGUUCAGGAGUUCCUCAAAGUGUUCCUUCCAACGCCCUAACACUCCAUCAGUUGAGGUCAACAACGUCCCAUCCUUACUGUACACAGCUUGGAUGGUUCCCUGCUUCCCCCUCCUGAGGUGUGGGACAGUUUUCCAGAUCAACUUUGGUGCCGCCCGAAAGUCCUUUUCCAUGUCCAUGAACUUCUCCCACACCCGCUGCUUUGCCUCGGCCACGGCUGAGGCUGCUGCCCUUCAGGCCUGUCGGUACCUUGCAACUGCCUCGGGAGUCCCCCGGGAUAACAAAUCCCUGAAGGCCUCCUUCUUCAGUUGGACGGCUUCCCUGACCACCGGUGGUUACCGCCCCCUGAUGCACCUAAGACCUUGA